GGGUCGCGAGGGGUACGCAUUGCCUUCGUCGAUUGGCCGUACCCACGUUCGUUCGUCAUAACGCGCGAAAACUGUACUCGCACGCUUAACCUCUAACAUUACGAAGGACGAAAUUUCGUCGAUCGUGAAUCGUUCGCAGUUUUCUGUUAGUGAUUUCUGUGCGGUGUCAUGUCGCGAAGUUUCAUGUUACGCGCGUGAUACUUCAUAUCCUUACGACGCAACGAAGGAGACAGUGCACCAAGGAAAGAGGAAGACGAAAUCAACGAUUCAGCGUAUCCUGCGACACGAAAACGCAAGGCACGCCGGCUAUUUUUGCUGUCAAAAAAACGUUGACGAGGCAGAAAUGGCACGGUCGGAGUCACGGUGAGAAAAGGGCGAGGGUGAAGCCCUCGCGCGAAACGGGAGCUAUGGUGAAAAGCUUCGGUUUCUUCGCCGGGAGGGCGAUACCUGCCGUCCACCUUAUGCUUUUUCUCGCUCUGGCCGACACGACGAGCGCCGUAGACCUCUCCCAAUGCAUCGCGCCGCUUGGUAUGGAAUCCGGCGCGAUCCCGGACGCGGAUAUCACGGCAAGCUCUACGUUCGACACGGGAAACGUUGGUCCGCACCUAGCACGAUUAAAAGUGGAGAAUCUGGGUGGCGCUUGGUGUCCGAAAAAUCAGAUCACCCAAGAAGCCCGAGAAUGGUUAGAGAUCGACCUUCAUACGGUUCACUUGAUCACGGCUACCGCUACGCAAGGUCGCUUCGGCAACGGUCUCGGUGUUGAGUAUGCAGAGGCGUAUCUGCUCGAGUACUGGCGACCGCGUCUGGGCAAGUGGGUUCGAUACAGAGAUAUCAAAGGAAAAGAGGUAAUACAGGGUAACACGAACACGUAUUUGGAGUCCAAGCACGAGCUGGAGCCGCCUCUGUGGGCGAGCAAGAUCCGUUUUCUGCCCUACAGCCAUCACACGCGGACGGUUUGCAUGCGGGUCGAGCUCUACGGAUGUUACUGGAGCGAUGGCGUGGUAUCCUAUUCGAUGCCGCAAGGUGAUAAAAGGGGUAAUGGAUGGGAAUUCUUCGAUGCCACCUACGAUGGACACUGGGACGGGGAGCUACGACGUGGACUGGGCCAGCUGACAGACGGCAGGACGGGUCCUGAUAACUUCAAACUGGGAUACUACGAUAACGAUCGCACGCAGGGAUGGGUUGGAUGGAGAAACGACACACGUGGACAACCGGUCGAGAUCAAGUUCGAAUUCGACAAGGUUAGAGAGUUCUCGGCCAUCCACAUCUACUGCAACAAUCAGUUCACCAAGGAUGUUCAGAUAUUUUCCCAAGUCGACAUACUGUUCAGUAUCGGUGGCAAAUAUUACACGGGCGAGCCAAUAACAUAUACCUACAUGGAGGACAAGAUCUUCGAAUCAUCUAGAAACAUCACCAUCAAGCUCCAUCAUCGAGUCGGCAAGUACGUGAAGUUGAGGCUUCACUUCUCCGACAGAUGGAUCAUGAUCAGCGAGGUGACCUUCGAUUCCGACGUGGCUCACGGUAACUUCACGCCAGAGGAAGCACCGACAACCGAGUCACCUAUUCAGAGCGACGUCUUCGUGGAGAAAAACGGUGCCGCGGAGGGUGAACUUCCGGUCUCGACUGCGAAGCACGACGACCCGACGUACAUGGCGGUCGUGAUCGGCGUGCUAACCGCCGUGAUCCUUCUGCUCGCCGUUGCGAUAUUUCUCAUCGUCUCCAGGCACAGGCAACGAAAGUGUUUCGCCAGUCCUAUGACUGGAAAGGCACCAUCCCAUCUUGGAUCUACCUGCGCUACGGUCGAGAAAGGAGCCGCACUCAUGGCGUACACUUUGGAGGAUGAUGAAAGGUACGCCGGUGGUUCGCUACCGACACUGCCGCGGGAUUUAGGGAACCGUUUUCUGGACAUCGUGAAACUCGACGACUAUCAAGAACCCUACCAGGCCCUGAAGUACGCACCGUACUACAGCUACAGCACCGUCGUUAUGGAGAUGAAAGACAUGAUGCUGAACAACAAGGGCAGCAACAUCAAUCACUCAGCGGUGUACGCGAAUGGUGCAGUUGACACAUCGUACGAUUAUGCGGUACCGGAACUCGGCACGGUGCCCCUGCUCAACCAGGACAGCACAGGACGCGGGCCUGCCGUUUCCAGCGGCACCAGCGACCAGGACAGCAUCUUCUCCAAGACCUCUUCGCGUGGCAACAAGACAGAAAACAAAAAGUCGCCGACUCAACAGGAGGUACUUUCGGCCCUGAAGAGACGUCUGGAGCAGACAAGCGUCCCGCUCUUCCCACGGCAUCGCCUCCGCAUGCUCUCGAAACUUGCCGAAGGGGCCUUCGGAACGGUGUACGUGGCGGAAGCAGAAGGGAUCCCGGAAUACGGAACGACGACCACCGUUGGCAAGCGUCUCGUCGCCGUCAAAUUUUUACUGCCGGAAGCCAGCGAGAAAGAAAAGAUGGAUUUCCAACGAGACGUCAGGAUCCUGGCAGCUCUAGAGGAUCGCAAUAUCGCCCGGGUCCUGGGUGCUUGCUGCCGCGAAGAGCCAUAUUGCGUAGUAAUGGAGUACCUGGAACAUGGAGAUCUCUGCCAAUUCCUCAAGACGCAUAUCACUGCCGAAGAUGCCCAUUCUAUGCCGAUCGGUGUCAAAACGCUCAGUUUCAACUGUCUCAUCUACAUGGCGGCGCAAAUCGCGUCGGGCAUGCGGUACCUGGAGAAUCUGAACUUCGUGCACCGGGAUCUGGCUACUAGGAAUUGCUUGGUGGGCAAAGCUUAUCACAUUAAAAUCUCGGAUUUUGGUACGGACAACGAAUUGUACGCGAGCGAUUAUUACAAAGUCGAUGGCACGGUACCCCUGCCGAUACGCUGGAUGGCCUGGGAAUCCAUAUUCCUGGGCAAGUACACGACGAAGAGCGAUGUAUGGGCGUUUGCCGUGACCCUGUGGGAGAUCUUGAACCUGGGCAGACGGGUCCCCUACGAGCACUUGUCGAACGAGGAAGUGGUCCAGAGCCUGCGACGAUUGCAUCGCGCCACGGAGUGUACCGACGCCGAUGGCGAGAACAGCGGCUGCAAAGAGAAUACCGAUAACCUUUUCAACUAUUUACCGCAACCGACCGCGUGCUCGAAGGAUAUUUACGAUUUGAUGCUGGAUUGUUGGCGACGUGAGGAGACCGAGAGGCCGACCUUCCGGGAGAUCUCGAUGUUUCUCCAGCGGAAGAACCUCGGCUACGCGCCCACGUCCUGAUAUUGAACGUCCGGUAAAGUCGAGGAGCACAUGGUUCGUGGCGGUUGCCACGCGUGCCCGGCUAAACGACGCUCGAACAUAGACCAUGGGCUGGUCGAAGACGCCGUCUACCCACAUUGGAUAACCAUGAGAACAAAGUUCUGAAUUCUUCGACGAGGCGAGCUUUCGAUGUACUCGAACGAAGGAUCGAGACGCGUAAAGGUAUAGAAACAUCGAAGAAGAAGAUACAACGAUAAGGUUCAAUCUUGGUUUCCGGCAACGAAAUCGAACUCUUCAGGCUGCUUACAUAAUUUAUUCCACGAAACAGUUCUUUCGAACGAUGCCGAUACGAAGAGAUAUUCCGUAGGGGCGUUAAAGACUUCGAAACGACUUUCAGGGAAACUGAUGUGAAUAAUCCAUCGCGCAGCACUGUCGUAGAUAUAAAAGGACUGUCCGUGUCAAAGUCGAAAUAGUAGGAAGAUACUCGAGGAAAUAUCGUAUUUGCUUAGUACAUAAGUCAGCGAGAUUCGUCGAGACGCUAGAUGAUCUAGACGCGAGAGCAUAUUCGACGAGACCGUUGUUUAGACGUAAGACGCAUAUAAGGAAUACAAAUGUAAAACUGUGAAUUCGACAAUCGAACGAAGAGAACGCGAGGCGACUUUUGUUCACCGAAGUUGUUGGACUGCGCGAAAUCUGUUGACAGUUUCACGCACGAGACAGCAAAGAUCUCGAGCGAUCCGUUGAUCCUCGAUAUGAUCGUCGAAAAUUUAGGAGCAAUAUCGUGUAAUUAUAAUUCAGCUGUGAACAUUCCUGCAUGGAUUUAAAGAUAUGUCUAUAUCUUCGAGGUAAAUAAGAGAUACUCGCCGUUUAAGAUAUUAGAAGUUACCCUUUGGAAAAUGUCUUUCCUUUAUAAAGAAACGAUAAAAGAAAAAUAAGAAAAUGGCUGAACAGGAGAAGGGAAAGGAAAGAAAUUGCAAUUGUAUGGCAAUAUGGUAACUAAGUAUCAAACUCCUCCGUGGGUUGUCAAUCGAGUAGACAAAGGGAAAAAAGAUUAUGACAUAUGAAAAAACGAGUAUGAAUGCGUGUGUUUGUGAACGUAUAGGUGGUUACAAUUCAUCGUGCGUAAAUUUAUCGUAAUCGUUAGGCAGCUCGAUAGGGUUUUGCUUCGAACGAAGCGAACGAAGACUAUCGAACUUCUCGUGUAAUUCGUACACGAUAGGGCUCUCAUCGCAUACAUCGUAAACUAGAAAGAUUCGCCAUGGUAUUAUUUUAUGGCUUCUGUAUUCGGUCGGAUUACAUUAAAAUUAGGAUAAUAUUUAGGAACGAAACUAAAUCGUUAAGUUAUUAAGCAGAGAAUCGAAUUGUAGAUUGAAAAAGACUUAACAAAGUUUUUAGCCUCGGCGAAUGUAUCGAAGUAGCAAUUUUCGCGUGAGAGCUCGGCGAUAUCAUGUAGUUCGUGAUUCACGAAGAUAUACAUAUUUCGCUGUUGACAAAUGGUGACUCUCACCAUGACUAUGACACAUCAUAAUUGUAACUUUAUAUGAUAGGCGGGAUCAAUACAAAGACAAAAAAAAGAACUAGUAUAUUGUACAUAUAGACGUACAUCGAGAAGUAGGAGACGUUUAUCAUUGCGCUGAGAGAGACAAACGCGAACGAGACGACGAGAUUAACAGCGUACAAGCAAUUCGUCUUUGCGUGUCGUCUUUGGAACCGUGUUCCUUUUUGUCUCUUUCGUCAACACGAUUCCGUUGAGAAACCAACGGAAUUGGUCGUUCUAAGGAUAGCAACAGAAUAUUUCGGUGUGAAGUCUGGAACGUUAUCAACAUAUCGGAGUCUUGGUUUCGUAAUGGAACGAAGCAAGAAAAUAAAAAUGCGAAGGGACAAGAAAACGACGAGUUUAUAAGAUUUCCAAGUCAGAUGUUCGUUUAGCGAUGCUAUUCUCACGACAUUCAACUAAUUAAUCAUUCGAUUCGUUAUGUUCCGUAUGUAUUUAUACAAGAUGAAUACUAUUAAUAGCAUUCGCAAUAUCUAGUAAGUAGGUGAUGUUACCGUUAUAACAUUAAAAAUACUAUUUAUAUAUCUUAAUGUAACGCCGCGUAAGAAGUAGAUAUAUCAGAGACAUAGCCGUUCGUAUAUAAAUCGUACGUGCGUUGAAUUUAAACGUAACAUAUUCGUAAGUUUGCUUCUCUGUCGUUGAACAAAGGAAAUAAAGAGUCGAGGAAAGAAGUGGAAAAUAAAAAAGGGUAAAAAUAUACGAGAUAAUCAUAAUAUAAAUUCAAAUCAAGCGUAGAUCAGUUUACGAUGUUAUCGAUAAUAAAAAAAAAAGAAAUAUUAAGGGACACUGUUUUCCGUAUUGAUAACGUAGGACAGUUUAACAGUGUAGAAUUUUAUACUGAAAUCGGGCACCUUGUUAAAAUAGAGAUUCACACGAAUUCAUAGUUUUCACUUCAUUAGCGUCAAAGUAAAGAAAAAAGAAAAAAAAAAAAAGAAAAAAUUGAAAAGAAACUGCCGUCACUCGCAUGUGACAUCAGAAAAACGAAUCAUAGUUGCGUUUAGAUUCAUCGAUAUAAGCAUAUUGCUGCCUUUGGCUGUAUCGUUGCCCCUACUGCUAACGAGUAACUCACUUGUCUACUCAUGUGAUAAUUUAGUAUAUCUCUACGUACCUACCUGUACCUACACCGGUUCGGAAAUCUCAGUAGUAAAGGGGUUUAUUUAUCUUACGUUGCGUUCUGUCUCAAUUUCGUCGACUGACAGAAUUAUCUUUAUUGAUAGAAACUAAAAAUGAAUAUCAGCUGAUGAAGGAUAGCUUAAGGAACGAAGUUUUCUUAAGAGAACUUCAUAAAAAAUUAUGUAGAUUCGCUUCUGAUCUCCUAAGAUUCAACACAAAAUUUUCUUAAAAAUGCACGUUCUUCCCUCUAUUUAAAUAUCUGUCCUGCAUUAUUCGAGUAAUUUAGUAUUGUUUCCAAUGAUCGUUAAGAAUUAGAACAUUGAAGAAAUCUAUUAAAACGAAGAACAAAGAUAAUCCAUUUAUAUAGUAAUUAUUUUAACGACAUUGUUACAACGAAUCUUAUCUCCUGUGCUUUUAAAAGUUGAUCCUUUCCUUUUCGAAAAGAUAUUCUGUCAGUAGAUAUUCUCCAUCAUUAUUACAUCGAUCGCUUGAAAACAAUCGUUUCAACGAACCUAAUAAUGUUUCAUAAACGUCACUUUGGUUCGUGAGCUCUACGUUGAUUUCGACGAUCCCAGUUAACGGGGUGAAUUGGAAAUCGGUCGAAUUUUCUGUGAAGCGAACGAAUUUCGUUUCUCUUCUGUUCCCUUUGAACGAAUGUUUUUCGACAAGUGUACGAUCGACAAUCACGUUUAAGCCCCAAGGCUUCCGGGAUCGCUCAAUCUUCCAUGUUGGUGCUAUUGCAAAUAGUAUUGACAAUGAGAAGAGCAUUGCGUAAACAGUGGAAUUGCCGUUUCGUUCCAAUUUUCUACUGUAACCGAGUCCACGACGAGUUUUAUAUUAGAUUUUGCAAAGUAUUUAUUUGCAUUUUCCUCAACCCGUUUGUUUAAGUACGUUUUGCAUGGUAUGAAAUAGCAAAAGAUUUCUAUACAGGGUACUUUUCCAUUAUUGACUUACUUAAUGGAUUAAGUAUUGAAGAAAAGAAAUUCCUAUUUAAUCUCGUGGCCGAAUUGUAAUAACUUUCGUAUAUCGAUACUCGCAUAAUAUUUUAUUAAUUGUACUGUAUUUAUUAUAUAUUAUAUUUAUUACAAACAUAUCCUAAAAUUUCUAAAGAUAACAUUUCUUUACAGAAAAGGUGUGAUCGUUUUAACAAGCAUUCGAUUUAAAGAUGAAUACAAGAUUAUCGAAGGUGCACAAAUAUUUACGAGUUGAGAACAGGAUUAAAUAGAUUAGAUGAAAGUUAUUUAGCAAUUUUCCAAUACUUAAUUUAUUUAAUUCAUUUAAAACGAGCCCCGUUGCUGAAGCAAAUCCCUAUUACAUUGUUUGCAAGAAAUAAACAAAAAAUACUCAGCUAACGCAGAUUAUUUAUUGUACACUGAAAUAGGAACUUAAAUAUAUAAAUUUGACAGGGUUAAUUUUCCAGUCUAUGUUUACUGAAUAUUUCUUGUUUAUCUUCAUCAAUACAGCUAAAAUCUGUAACUCUUUUUACGACAAAUAUAUCAACGAAUUUGUUAAUUAGUUAUCGAAUUCCAUCAUGUAAAACGAACUUUCCAUAGUUUCGACUGUUUUAAGCAAAUUUCUUUUAUAAUUUCGCAAAGAUAAAAGAGCGUCAUUAACUGUGGUCUUAUUGAAUCAGAUUCCCGGCACACCCGAUUGUUAAUCUGACGUGGAAUUGAGAGAAAUGUAGAGGUAAUCACGGAAGACUGUGCAGAGCUCACCUAGCUAUAUCUUCUACUCAGGCACAGGCAAUCUCUGGCUUUUUCACUAUAACAUACCAUCAUACAUUUAGUUUUCGAUUCAUCUUGCAUUUUUCUCUUCGUGGGACAAUAAUUUUCAACAACCAAUAAUUUAAAUAAACUACCAAAAAAUUAUCAAAUAUUGUAUUGUAAUAUUUCAUCUAGAAAAUAAUUUUUCAUCGACUUGAAUCAUUUCUUGUGGUUCUAUCUUGGCAUAAGAAUAAUAUAAGAUAGUUCUCCUUGCUUUAUUCUUGUCAAAAUAAUACCGAAUAAUUGUUACAAAACAUUUGGUAGGCAAUGUUCGUCAUCGGUUAGCAUUAUAAUGAAAUCUGAUGUCAGCCGGUUGAUGUUCUUCCUGGCAACUAAGCGUAUUUGGUAAAAAGUGGAACUUAAUGUUGCAGAAUCUGUAAAUAUCACACUCCAGGCGAAUCUGGUAAAUGUGAAAUGUUUCAUCUGAAUGAUUAUAAUCAUUAACACGUUAAAAAAAAAACAAGGAAGAGGGAAAGAGUGGGAAGGAAAGAGAAAACCUGCUAAUAGGCCGUGAAAGGUUGCCUAGGCCUGCUCUAUGCUAUUAAACCUUAAUCGUUAUAGUCAUAAAAUUAUUUUGUACUAAAAACUGUUUAUAAUUUUGUAUCUAAUCUCUGUAAAUACCAAGCAGAUUGUCUAUGGCUAAUAAAGCUUAAACAAAAUUGAUAUAACUAGACUAUGUAAAGGGAAUUAUAUAUAUAUAUAUAUAUAGGUAUUUAUAAUAUAUACAUAUAUAUAUAUAUAUUUUAAUUAGUGAUAAGAAAGCGAGCGAGAAAAUGUAAUUAAAUUUCACUGGAAAACUGGUAAUAUACCAAUGUACAACGAUCUAGGAAUUAUUUGUACUAUACAGGUGACAAUUUAAGGGACAAAUCAUAAAAGUAUACAUGUUACUCAAUAGCCACGUAUGUGUAUAGGGUACUCCAUUCCAUAUUUGUUCUGAAAUUCCGAUCGAGAAUAAUUAUUAUUAUAUAUAUAGAAAAUAAUUAUCUUACAUUUCGUUACAAAUUUUCAAGGUAUUAAAUAAAUAUAACAUAAUAAACAGUCUUAACGUUAAUUUAUCAUGUCUGAUUAACGAGAAAAGUUAUUUUCUAUUAUCGUUUAAAUUAUUUAAUUAAUAUUAACUUAUAUACGAACACAAGAUUGUCGCGGAAUUUUAGAAGAAAAUGUUUCGACACUUGAGAAACCCUGUACAGUAUUACGGUGUAGAAUCCAACUAGUCAUUUAUGACACUUUAUAAUAACUAAAGUAAAUCUUUUACAAAGAAACACGGCAUACGAAGAACGUGUUGUUCUAAAUUAUGUUUUAAUUAAAAAAAAAAGAAAGAAAAAAAUUGAAAUGUUCGCGCCCUAAAAAUAAAUGUUUCCACAUGCACCUUUAACAUAAUGUCCUUUUUAUUUCUUCUAUUAUAAUUACAUGUACGUUUGUACAUUGUUAUAAAUGAAACCUAUUUGUCAACUAUUGUAUUAUUUCUAUUUCUAUCUGUCUGCCUCUAAGUGCGAACUAUCACUUAAACGUUAUUGACGGUAAUCUAAGUCUUGCGUAAGAUAAUUCUAUUCGUAUAUCUUAUAUGUAUGUGUCGAUAAAGACGGAAGUACACGUUGUAAGUUCAAGUAGCAGGAAAUCGCGGGAAGCACAACGAUAAAACCUAUUUGUAUCGAACAGUCAAAUGAAACAAUAUUACACAUUUCAACGAAAA